UUGUCAGCUUGCAUCAUUAAUAACAAAAAUAAGAAUUUAAGUGCAACAGUUGCAUGCAACACCGAUAUGCCGAUAGUCCUUAUCGCAUCGCAAUAAAAGAAAGGACAGCAUGAUCAAGUAUCUAAGAGGAAAACUCUCGAAUGUCUUUGUAAAAACAAAUCGUCUUGUUCUCGUGCGACAUGGCGAGAGUGAAUUUAAUUUGAAAAAUCUAUUUUGUGGCUGGCAUGACACGCCACUCAGUGUGGGUGGUCUACAGCAAUCGCGUAGUAUUGCUGCCGCCAAGUUGAUUGAAGCCAAGUUUGAGUUCGACAAAGUGUACUGCUCGGCAUUGGUUCGCUCUCGACAAAGUGCGGAUGUGAUCUUGUCCGAAAUGAAAUGCGCUUUUCUGCCAGUGAUUUUGGACUGGCGACUCAAUGAACGGCAUUACGGCAAUUUGACCGGUGCCAACAAACGACAAGUGGCCAAUGAGUAUGGCGAGGCACAGGUUCAGGCCUGGCGACGCAGCUACGAUGAGGUACCACCUCCGAUAGACCCUUCGAACAACUACUACUAUGAGAUCUUGAAUAAUCUGGCCUUUAAAGAUGUUCCCGUUGGUCACUUUCCAUUCGCGGAAUCCGUGCACAUGUGUGUGAAUCGUGUGAAACCGAUCUGGGAAGAGAUCAACCAAGAAGUCCUUAACGGCAAACGCAUAUUGAUCGUCGCCCAUGGAACGGUCGCCCGAGCUCUUGUUAAGCACAUAGAAGGACUGUGUAACGAUGAGAUCUUGAAAGUCAAUGUCCCCAACUGUGUUCCUAUUGUGUAUGAGUUCAAUUUGAAAACCGGUGAGCUCAUAGGAAACGGCAAAUUUCUUGGUGAUGCGAAAUAUAUUGAGGACAUGAAGGAAAAAGUUGCAUUAAUUGGCGAUUGAUUUUGAAAUGAAAAUCUGCAAAUAAAAUUUAACUUGUCUUAACACAGAA